UUUCCUUUAGGCCCGGCCUCGCUAUGUACGAUGUAAACAAGAGCGUGGUAGAGGCUGGCCACCCUCACGUGCUACUCUGCGUUUCCCCAAUUCAAGCAAGAAGGAUGGAGGUGAACAGAAUUAGUGGGGAAGAGGAAGAGGAAGAGGAGGAGGAGCCUGUGAAGGUAUUGAGUGAGGCGCGUCACCUGGAGGCCAUCAAGGCGCCCAACACUGCAGCACACUCAUGGAGACUCAAGGAACGGAUGAAGACAGUGAGUGUGGCAUUAGUGUUGUGUCUCAACAUUCCUGUGGAUCCGCCAGACAUUGUUAAGACUCAGCCGUGUGCUCGACUAGAGGCAUGGAUAGAUCCCCUUGCCAUGCCACCAUCCAAGGCUAUAGAAGCAAUUGGCAACAGCCUACAGAAAGCCUAUGAGCGAUGGCAGCCUCGUGCACGCUAUAAACAAUCCCUUGACCCCACAGUAGAAGAAGUCAAGAAGCUGUGCAUGUCUUUGAGGAGGAAUGCCAAGGAAGAACGUGUCCUCUUCCACUACAAUGGGCAUGGUGUCCCUAAACCAACUACAAAUGGAGAGAUUUGGGUAUUUAACAAAAGUUAUACUCAGUAUAUUCCACUAUCCAUCUAUGAACUUCAAACGUGGAUGGGUGCUCCAUCCAUAUAUGUUUAUGAUUGUUCCAAUGCAGCUGUUAUUAUCCAUCUAUUUGAGCAGUUUGCAGAACAGCAUGAAGAAGAAUGGAGGAAAGGAAAUAAUGGUGGUAGUGGCACUGGUUCUGGCUCUGCUCCACCUUCCUUCAGACAGUGCAUCCAGCUUGGGGCAUGUGAAGCUAAAGAAAUCCUGCCAAUGAAUCCUGAUCUUCCUGCUGAUGUGUUUUCGGCAUGCCUCACCACUCCUAUCUGCAUGGCAGUGCGUUGGCACCUCCUACAUAAUAAAGGCAAACUAUUACAAGGAGUUAACCUUGAUGAUGCAGACAAGAUUCCAGGCCAACUGAGUGACCGGCGCACAUUGCUGGGUGAGCUCAACUGGAUCUUCACUGCCAUUACUGAUACCAUUGCCUGGAAUACCUUGCCGCGUGACCUAUUCCAGAAGCUUUUCCGUCAAGACUUACUUGUGGCAAGCCUAUUUCGCAACUUUCUAUUAGCUCAGCGUAUCAUGAGGUCAUAUGAUUGUACUCCAGUGUCUUCCCCUAAGUUGCCCCCAACACAUCAGCAUCCCAUGUGGGUAGCAUGGGAUCUAGCACUGGAGCUGUGUCUUGACCAGAUGCCUACUGUGCUCAGUACUGAGGAUCCCUAUUCACAUGUACACUCACCAUUUUUUGAGGAGCAGCUGACUGCCUUCCAAGUGUGGCUUGACCUUGGGCAUGAGUGUCGAGAAUCCCCUGAGCAACUUCCAAUUGUCCUCCAGGUUCUCCUAAGUCAAGUUCAUCGGCCUCGGGCUCUAGAGCUUCUUGGCAGCUUCUUGGCACUAGGACCCUGGGCAGUGAAUCUGGUGUUGUCAGUGGGCAUCUUUCCCUAUGUGUUGCGGCUCCUCCAGUCCACUGCCAGGGAGCUGAGGCCUCUGCUGGUGUUCUUGUGGGCAAAGAUUUUGGCUGUUGAUCCUAGCUGUAAGGGGGAUCUGGUGCGUGAAAAUGGCUACAAGUAUUUUUUGCAAGUUUUGUCUGACUCAUCUAUGCCAGCAGAGCACAGGACUAUGGCUGCAUUUGUGUUGGGUGUGAUAGUGUGGGAACAUCCAGAAGGACAGCGGGUAGCCUUGCAAGGCUGCCUUAUGCCCCUUUGUCUUGAACAAGUGAGUGAUCCCCAUCCUCCCCUGAGACAGUGGGCCACAAUAUGCUUGGGCCGCACAUGGCAUCACCAUCCUGAUGCUCGCUGGACUGCCACGAGGGACAAUGCUCAUGAAAAGCUAUUUACCUUGUUAUCUGACCCAGUUCCUGAGGUGCGAGGAGCUGCAGUAUUUUCCUUAGGUACCUUCAUCAGCAGCAUACCGUCUCGGGACAGAAGUGACCAUGCACGCCUCAUAGACCAGACUGUUGCCAUCACCCUUGCAACCACUGUUACCCAUGAUGGGUCUCCACUAGUCAGGCAGGAAUUGGUUGUGGCAUUACAAUACUUUGUUCAGACAUAUGAGAGCUCCUUCUUGAAUGUUGCUCACCAAUACUUUUUGGAGGAGGCUGGAGUUGACCUUUCCCCUCAGUCACCAGCUUCUUCAAUGGAUAGUAUCAUCAUGUCGCCUUCCAACAGCCUUACUCGGAAGUUUUCACGGCAAAACAAUAAGCAGCUAUCUUCACCUGGUCAGGGUUUAGGGUCAAGUCCAGACUCUUCAUUCUCUGACAACAUAUACAUGUCUCCCAUGGGAGUGAAGCGGGCAGCCUCCACACACUCCAUCUCCUCCAUUGGGUCGGGUGGGAUACUAAGUGGAGGAGUUAGCAGUUUGUCCUACAGUGGAAUGUAUUUGAAGUUGUGGAAUGCAUUGAUCACUCUGCAACAUGAUCCCUUCCCUGCCGUGGCCAGUCUGGCGAACACUGUGAUACAUCAUGUUCGCUCUAAGCUUAAGAAUUCUGGGAGGGAACCAUCAGAGCAGCGUGUAGAAUCAGCUCCUGGGACUCCUGUCAACAAACCUAUGUUCAUUGUAGGAGAGUCACCACCAUCACACCACCACUUGGAUCCUGUACCUGUCCGCAUACGCUCUAGGAACCACCACAAUAAUAGUGAAGAUGGAGAAAGCACCUUCUUAAAACCACUGGUUACAACAGAAUUUGUGGAGUGGAGUGCCACAUCUUUCAUCCUCCCUCGACAUAAGUCUUCUGAGCUGAACUCUGCUUCUUCUCCACUUCAUUCCUUUUCCUGCAGCAGAUCCUCCAAUUCCCGACUGUUGGGAGAAUGUGAGGAGCGACGAAGUGUUGGCACCAACAAACUUGAUGAUCAGGUGUUUGUACAUCGAAACCCAGGACCUCCAGCUGUACUCCUUUUCCACCCCAUUGAACCUCUUCUUACUGUGGCAGACAAGACCAAUGUGACGGUGUGGGAUGUGGAACGCAGCCACCGAGUCACUCACUGGACCAAUAACAAUGGAGGCUCCAGCUGCAUUUCCUCCUUAGCUGUGCUGAACCCUGGUACAUCGCACACCUGUGUUGCUACAGGGUGUGAUGAUGGCAGUGUGCGAGUAUGGCAAGGGGUAUUCCAGGAACAAACUUCAUCUUCAAGCCCCCAGGAAACUGCACCAUCUCUUCUUACCUCCUAUCAAGCAUCCACAGAUGUCAAUCCUGCUACCAGGAGUGUAGGGUUAUUAAUGAGCUGGGAACAGGACACAGCAACAAUGGUAGUGGGUGGAGAUUCUCGCACCAUCAGACUAUGGGAUUUGAAGGCUGAGCGUCGUAUCUCAGAACUGCCCACAGGAGGAGACUCUUCCUCCAUUGUGACAGCUCUCCACUCCCACCAAGCAGGCCCAUGGGUAGUGACAGGUUUCUCAGAUGGAUAUGUGCGAGUAUUGGACAGACGUCUUUCCAGCAACAAGACUGUGGUAAGACAGUGGCGAGAACACACUUCAUGGGUGAUCAGUGCUCACCUCCUUAAUGCAUCACAGGCCACCACUAAGAUCAUAACAGGAGUGGUAUCAGGUGAGGUGCGCCUGUGGGACAUGAGACAAGCUAACUCUGUUCAAGUAUGUGCACCUCACCAUGAAAUGACAGCAAUGGCCACCCAUGCUAAUGCUCAUCUCUUUGCCACGGGAUCUGUGGAGCAGGUCAUUGGUGUGCAUCAUGCCAGUGGCUCCUGCGUCAACACCAUUAAAUACCACGAGGGAUUCAUGGGCACCCGCAUUGCUCCAGUGUCAUGUCUGGCCUUCCACCCCCGCCGUGUUCUUCUGGCAGCUGGCACCACUGAUACAUAUAUCACUGUAUAUGGUCUGUCACACAGAUAGUAGCCUCAAGGAUGUUUCACUUUUUUUUUUUUUUUCUUUUUUUUUUUUUUUUUUGUGUGUGUGGGGGGGGUAGGUAGGUAUGGAACUUACAAUGAGACAAAAAAUUUUGCUGUAUUCCUUGCUUAUUUCUAAGCUCCCCUUCAGUUUUGUGCUUUUUAAAUAUUGCAGUUUUAGAUGCCACUGUCAGGUAGUAGAGAUUUUGUUGUGGUGUCUUAAGGAGGUGUAUAUUGCUGCUGUUAUUUCACCAUUACUUUAAAGACUAUAUUGUAGUGUUAUUCAAUUGUUAUUUUAAAGACUAGUGAUAAUGAGGUUAUUGUGGAAGAGUCUUGCACAACCAAGCUAAAUGGCUGCUAUGAUAAAUAUUAUUGUUGCAGUAUAUAGUAAUUUUAGAAACAUUAAAGGUAAGUAAAUACAUUAUAAGAAUCAAUUACAAAAGUGGGGUCAUUUUGAGUUGGAAUGUCACGUAAAUUAUACAGCAGUUAUACAAAUAAUCAAAUGAAAGCCUGCACUAACAGUCAUAAAGACGAGUCACCAAACUAUGGUUAAAAGAGAAUACUGUCUGAUGUAUGUAAAAAGAAAAUUACUCCUCUUUGGAAAUCUAAAAAUUUUCAGUGGGACACAAAAACCUCAAGUCUCUCUCUCUCUCUCUCUCUCUCUCUCUCUCUCUCUCUCUCUCUCUCUCUCUCUCUCUCUCUCUCUCUCUCUCUCUCUCUCUCUCUCUCUCUCUCUCUCGUAAUUUGUAAAAUAUUUAAUUAAUAAUUUAGUUUGUGGGCUAAUUUGGUCUUUUCAUAUUCUUGCUAAAUCAGUUUUAUUACUUUUGUGUGUCUCUUAUCCUGUAAUAUAUUUAAGAUAACGUGUUUGGAGGGAGAUUGAGAAAAUUGUGUCAUGAUACCUUACUCUUUAAAUGUUAUAGAUGUUGGCAGAAGCAUUUUUUAGUGUUAAUGUUGCUGUCAAUAGUGUUUCAGGGAGGCAGAUCAAGACUAAUAUUUGAAAAUACUAUACUAUGAUUGUUAAUGCCUGAUGAUAUAUAGUUCUAAAUACAAUGUGAAUUAUGUAUAGCA